AUGGUCACGCCGUGCUGGAGUGGCAAGGCAUGCAAGGUCGCCGUCGCCUACGACGUCGUCGUCUUCCGAGGGGAGUGGGAGUGGGAGUUCGAGUUCAUCGUCGUCCUCAAUGGCGACCCACUUGGCAUCCAGAGGCUGCCGGACAAGUUCGCCAAGUUCGUCGACGACAACGAGCUGGCCGCGCUGCAGCUGCGGGAGGCUGGCUACGGCAUCUGCCGGUGGCUGGUGGACGUGCUUUUCGACGGGCGCAGCAAGAUGUACUUCCACACCGACUGGGAGAAUUUCGUGCGCUUCCACGACCUUCAAGCCAGUUGCGUCCUCACAUUCUCCUACCAAGGCAAUGAGGAGAUGAGCGUGAAGGUGUUCGAUGACUCGUCCUGCCGCCAUCACUACCACGACGACGAUGAAUGA